AUGACGGCUACUCAGCUGAAUGACGACGAGGACAAAGAUGACGGCCACGAGAUUACUGAGCAAGUCAUGGAUCUUCUUCAAUCGCAGUCCAUCGAACCCUCUGUUCUACAAUCCGUUCGCAGUAUCCUCGCUACGUCUGCCCGCCGCACCAAGGGCAUCGCCAUGGGCAGAGACUCUGCUCGUGUAGCCCUCAACGAAAAGAAGAUUAAGAUUGCGAGGUUGCAGGAGCGCAUUGCAGCGCUUGAGAAUAAGGAGCAGGCUUUGAAUGGCCAGAUAACACAGAUCAAGGCUAACUUGAUGAAGAUGUAUGAGGACAACUGA